CUCCCGCUGCUGUCUAGUAGGUGCACUGCUGGCCUGUUCGCAGGAUGGACAUGAUGGACGGCUGCCAGUUCUCACCUUCUGAGUACUUUUACGAUGGUUCCUGUAUCCCGUCCCCUGAGGGUGAGUUUGGGGAUGAGUUCGAGCCACGAAUGGGUGCCUUCGGGGCGCACAAAGCAGAGCUGCAGGGCUCAGACGAGGACGAGCACGUGCGAGCGCCCACCGGCCACCACCAGGCUGGUCACUGCCUCAUGUGGGCCUGCAAAGCGUGCAAGAGGAAGUCCACCACCAUGGAUCGGCGGAAGGCAGCCACGAUGCGUGAGCGGAGACGCCUGAAGAAGGUCAACCAGGCUUUCGAGACGCUCAAGAGAUGCACCACGACUAACCCCAACCAGAGGCUACCCAAGGUGGAGAUCCUCAGAAAUGCCAUCCGCUACAUCGAGAGCUUGCAGGAGCUGUUGAGGGAACAGGUGGAGAACUACUACAGCCUGCCGGGACAGAGCUGCUCAGAGCCCACCAGCCCCACCUCCAACUGCUCAGAUGGCAUGCCUGAAUGUAAUAGUCCUGUCUGGUCCAGAAAGAGCAGCAGUUUUGACACCGUCUACUGUCCCGAUGUGUCAAAUGUAUAUACUACAGAUAAAAGCUCCUUAUCCAGCUUGGAUUGCUUGUCCAGCAUUGUGGAUCGGAUCACCUCCUCAGAGCAACCUGGGUUGCCUUUCCAGGACCCGGCCUCUCUCUCUCCAGUUGUCAGCACUGAUUUGCAGCCUGCAACUCCAGGGGCUUCUAGUUCCAGGCUUAUCUAUCACGUGCUAUGAACUAAAUACCUAGUCUGGAUCAGUUUUGCCAGGAGGGCCCAUUAUCCAAGAGGAGAAGGCCAACAAGUCCAGAAUGAAGACAACAUGUAUAUAAUGAUUUCUUUUCAGUUGUAAAUUUGUACAUAUUACCUUGCCACUUUAUAAGAAAGCAUAUUUAACUAAAAGUUAUGGUUACAAUUAAUACUUUCUCCUUCUCCUUCUUUUCUUCUUCUUUGUCUUUAACUUCAUCUUCUUUUCUUUAGUAUAUAGUUCCAAUAAUAUUAUUUCUGGUGGAGGUAAUUCAUUGAGGGUAGCUUGUUGCAAUGCUUAACUUAUAUUUUUUAUAUAAAUAUUGCUCAUCAAAAUAAUAUCUUUGUUGUUUAGAUCUUUAUUUUUUUCUUAAAAGCAUUUUAAUAUCUGGAAUCAGUUUUAGGGAAUUUGAAAUAUAUUUAACUUUUGCUUUUCUUGUUAAUCUUUUGUUAUAUUGUAUUAAAUAAAAAUAGAGCAAUACUGCCUUAUGGUAUAUACUUUGAUCUUUUCUUAUAUCAAUAAGAAAUUUCUGAUAAGAAAUGCAUAUUUUCAAUGGACGCACUAAAUAGUACUUUGUGGAUAAUUUCAAGAUAUAAGAAAUUUUGGAAAUUCCACCAUAAAUAAAAUUGUUUACUAAAAGAAAUAUUUUGGUUCUUAACUUUUUAAAAGAACAAUCCUAAUCAUGUCAUCAGUCAUUAACGUGAAAUCUUUAAAGGUGAGCUGAACAUAAACAGUUGUUUUAUAGGUAAAUCUGAAUAUUUACCACCUCAUGGACCACUUUAGGAACUCUUGAUGUCACAAGUAAAAAUAUCAUAUUUCUAUUUUAAACAUAUUUCAAGGGAGCCUGUUAAAGUAAAACUUUUCCUUUAUCUUAUUAUUUUAUAUAUAAUGUCAAGUUUUGUGUAUGUGUGAGGGGAAAGUAGAAGUUCUUCAGUACAACACGUUUAAGCUAAAAGACCGCACAAUAUUACACGAUUUUAAUAUCUACAAUAACUUAGAAAUCAUGAGUUAAGUCUUAUUUACUUUUCCUUCCUGCCUGAAACCAUCUUGUUAUAUUAAUAUGUUAAUAUUGUCAUUAAAAUUGUUUAAAGGAA